AUGUCGUUCUCUAUAAUUUUCGGUUACUUUACUCACGGUCAGCCUGGCCCAAAAUCACCCACAACUCUGGAAUAUCCAUCUGUGAAAUUCGGUCCAUCCAUGCUGGAGUUGCAGAGUGAGUUGCGGGGCCAUUCCAUCGAGCAUG